ACGCCAUGUUUGUUUACAUAAUUUAUAUGUAAGAUUUAUUUAAAAUUGUUUUGCUCUUCCUUCAAUAAAAACACUGGGAGAAUUAAAACAGAUAAAAGAUGUCAAAAAAAUGUUUUGUGUGUAAAAAGGAACCAGGUCCUGAAAACAGUCUUCACAAAUUUCCAAGCAACGAUAUAAUGAAACAAAAAUGGAUAACCGCUCUUGGACUGCCGAAAACUCCGUUUUUCAAAACUACUCUUAUCUGCGGAAAUCAUUUUAAGCCAAAAGACUUUUUUCCUAACACGGGUAAUAGGCAAAGACCGAGAUUAUUGCCUAAUGCUGUACCUAGUUGGAGCCCACUGACCCCGGCUCCUGUUAAUCAGAAAAGCAUGAUAAUUUUACAUCCUAUAGUGUUCAUCAAAAAAGAGGCUCCUACUCCCUUUGACAACAGUAAAACUGGUGCUGCCAUCAAAGAGAGCAAGCCAGAUCUUUCCCUUAAAAAAAGUGACCUAGAUAUUUCCUUUGAAGAGAGAGAACAUUAUGUCCCAGGAAUUAGCGAAAGCAUCCCUUCUGAAUAUAUAGUCCCUGACCCCCUUGCCAAUGUAAAUAUCAAACAAGAAUCUUUAGAAGGCAAUUCAGAUGAGGAUAUUUCAAAUCUCAGUGAAAAUAGUUAUGUUGAAGACUCCAGUGACUGCAAGAGGAUAAUCCAGUCAGAAGAAGUACCUUCCAAUAAACAAAUAAGAUUGACUGAUGGUGUUCAAACAGAAUUAUUUUCUAGAAAAGACUUCUCGUCUGAUGCAGCAUGGGAUCGAUUUUACAGAAUCAUUCAAGCAAUAAGGCAUAAUCAAGCUAUUACUCAACAGAAAAGAAUGAGAAAUCAUAGAAAGUGGUUAAGAGGUUCCAAGAGAACAGAAAUAUAAUUCUUUAAGUAGUUAUUUAGUAUUAACUAUUUAUUCGUAAUUAAAUCAAUAAUCAUAGAUAAAGAGUAUAAAACUUGUCAUAUAAGAACAAACAACAGCACAUCAGCCUACCUCAAUCUGUCAAAUUUCUUCAAUAGAUUUUCAACCUUAUCACAAUAGUGGAAGGUUGCUGUUCGAUUGGUAAAAUUUGACAGAUUACGUUGGUUGACUUGCUGGUGACUAUAAUAACUUGUAUGAAUCCUGUUCAAAAAAUUUUCAUAGACAACUAUUAUUGUAUUGGAAAAUGCGUGCAAUUCUUGGUUCUUAUAAGUAUACUGGAAAAAAAUAUUGAUAGUAAAAGAAAGAGGAAACAUUA